AUGGCCAAACCCGACAAAUUCUACACCAAAGACUACAUGUUGCGGCCAGGCAUGUCAUUUGCCCUUGAUAUUGAAGACCCUCGGCAGAGAGUGGAGGAAUUCAUGAACAGAUACAAAAGGGAGCCCGUCGAUGAAGGCUUCGAGGAAUCUCUGAUGACAAGAGACCUCAAAGUUGUUAGCGCGACGGGGCCGCCACAUGUCGCGGCUGUCUUCGAGAUGGAGAUCCUCCCCGUGUACGGCACCCGUAUGGGCAAUGCUUCGGGUGCCGCCAUCAGCCUCAUCCAUGAUGUUUGUACAACGAUGGCCAUGGCGCCUCUGGCGCGGAAAGACUUUUGGCAUUUCGGCGGGGUGUCUAGAGUCCUUAGUGUCACCUACUUGAGGCCGACAAAGGUGGGCACCAACGUGUUGAUUGAAUGCGAAGUUCUGCAGGUGGGAGCCCGAUUCGCGACGAUACGAGGGGUCAUGAGGGACAAAGCCACGGGCGACAUCCUCUCCGUCUGCGAGCACAACAAGGCCAGCAUCAUCUUUCGCGACAAGCCCAAGAUUUGA